UGUUGAAGUGUUUUCUUUUUGACGAAAACCCGUUCUAAAUACAGUAACUGUACGUUUGUUUAAGACACGCCAACACUCCACAGUUCGCUGAUCACGUCGCUAAAUAACUCGACUAAACUAGCUGAAAUAAGUCAUGCAGCCAUCAGGACACUUGAUGUUUUAAUAGUCAUUUUAGAUUUACUUUGACUUGACUUUAUUGUCACGUAGAGGCACUGUGUUUGUACCUGGACGUGUGUGAAAUAGAACAGGGAUGCGCCUGUCUGUCCAGAGCAGAAAGAGUGUGACUGCAUCAGAAGACUUUGGUUCAGGAGCAACAGAAAGAGGAAACGAGCUGGUUCCUGCUGCCACUGAUGAGCAUCCACUUCAGACCUGACACUUUUCCUCUCAUCAGCAGCGUUUUUUACCGUCAGGAGGAAGAAAUGCCCCCUUUAGUUGGAGCGGAGUUGGUCCAGACACCAGUGCAGCUCUACCGGUACCUGCUGAGAUGCUGCAGGGUGUUGCCGUCCUCAGCCAUGCAGCAGCACUACCGUCACGCCAUCAGACAGGGUUUCAACAGCCACUCGGAUGAAGAUGAUCCAGAGAGGAUACAGAUGAUCAUUGAGAGGGCCAUCGCUGAUGCAGACUGGGUUCUGCACAAAUAUACCAAGAAGUGAGCUUCAUCAGCAGGAGGAUGGUCUAGAGGUGGCUGCAUCUGAAGUCAGGAUUUAGUCUUUCUGUUGUAACCAUUACAUGAUAGCGACAAAACACUUCAGAGGUAAAGGGACUGUUGCUUCUGUAAAUACCUGCUGUAAAUAGCUAAAUAAAUGAUCUGUCAUAA